GCGUUUAUCGGUAUGCAGCUGCAGUGUUUGAUUCUGAGCUGAAGAGUUUACAAUGGGGACGCGCAGUGUUCAGACAGCGCUUUCGCUCGCUUUGAUUUUUCUUGUGCAGCUCCACGGCGGUUUCGGAUGGAGCUGGUCGGAUCAGCUGGUUUAUAACCCAGUGCUGUUUACCGCGCCGAGAGCGGUAUUUCAGGCGAAGCCCACCCCUCUCUCCGUGCAGAGAGCUGACCUGUCGCUGUUGAAUUCGGUCACUCUGGACUGCAGGAAAGACGCCAUGGUCGUGACGGUGAACCGGGACUUGUUUGGGAUCGGCUACCUGGUGAGCAGCGCCGACUUGAGCGUCGGGUCCGCGGGCUGCUCUGCUGCCUCCUCCGACAGCGUCGCUAACACGGUUUUGUUCAGCAUCCAGCUCCAGGACUGCGGCAGCACUUUCCAGGUAUUCCCAGACUUCCUGAGCUACACAAACCAUCUCUAUUACAAGCCUGCCAGCGUUGGCAUCAUCACCAGGGUUAAUAUGGCUGAUAUUCUCCUCGAAUGCCGAUACCCGAGAAGGUGGAAUGUCAGCAGCAGCCCCAUAAAACCAACCUGGGUGCCCUUCACUUCAACAGCCUCUACAGAGCAAAUCCUGGACUUCUCCUUGCUGCUCAUGAAUGAUAACUGGAGUGGUCCCAGAGUCUCCAAUGUCAUCUACCUGGGUGACAUCCUUCACAUUGAGGCUUCUGUUGCUGUCGACAAUCACGUGCCGCUGCGGCUCUACGUUGACAGCUGCAUUGCGACCCUGAGCGACAACAAGGACUCUGAGCCCAGAUACGCCAUCGUGGACAAGCUUGGCUGCCUGAUGGAUAGCAAGUCUCCAGACUCCUCCUCUUCAUUCACCAGACCUGCUCUGAACAAGCUGCGCUUUGACAUCACUGCGUUCAAGUUCCAGGGGGAUUCCAGGAGCAUGAUCUACGUGACUUGCACACUGAGAGCAGUCAAUGCUGACAAACCAGCUGAUGCAGCCAACAAGGCCUGCUCCUACCAGAAGCAAACCUACAGGUGGGUCUCUGAGGACGGCUCCUCUGCAGUGUGUGGGUGCUGUGAUGCUGGCUCCUGCUCCGUGACACCCCGGUUCCUCGCAGACACUCCUCCUCCCAAGCAGGUGGGCCGCUUGGGGAUUCCUGCUGGGAUCAACCAGCCUGACUGGCGUGGAAAGUGGCUGCACAAGAGAGCAGCUUCUCUUGAUCCAGCUGGCCAGGACCCCCAAGUGCAUGUAAAGGAGAUCACCAUUGGCCCCCUGACCGUGGUUCAUGUAGUUGGAGACCAUGCUGUCGUGCUCAGUAAGGAGUCCCUGUACCACCCCCUGCAGUUUGUGGAAGAAGUGCAGGACUCUGGCUCCCCUGUCCCUGUGCUGGCAGUCUCUGCUGUGGCUCUGGCUCUGUCUUGCGCUAUCCUGUUGGCUGUGUUCCUGAAGAGGUGCUCCCAGUCUAGUGACAAACUGCUCGCCGUGUCUUCCUAAUGUGUACAUCUUGGGGUUUUGAAUAAUAAAAGCCUUGUCAAAGCUA